GAGAGCACAACGUUGAUAUAAGGCAGACAGAUAUAAGCAAGCGAGAGAAACGCAUCGAAAACAAUCGCAUAAACUCCACUUAUCCGGUUCAGCCAGCCAGCAGAAAAAGACGUACACGUAGACAGGUAUCUUCUGUCCGUGCGUAUAUCGGUAUACCUGGAAGUUUUUUUUUCCUACACGAAAAAUUCGUCGUCUCCUGUGUCGUUGGAGUGAGAUUAUUGAAUACUGCUGUAGUGUAGCUUUCGCCGGAAUGCGAGUGACCAACAUUCGCCGGGGGCGUAUCGCCCGAAUUGCUGUAAUCGCGGUGGUACUAGUGUUUAUACUCUACAUGAUUGCCACCUGGUCCGGUGUUGAUCAUCACUCGAUGAAGGACGCUUACAACGCACGGUUCGUCGGCAAGAGGCAGGUAGAUUCACCAGACCACAGGAACGUCUUCCCGGUGCUGAUAGAAGGUCUUGGCAACUUCGAACCGAAUGAAGUGGAACAUCGUGAUGGGCCGGGUGAGGGUGGCAAAGCGUAUACUCUGCCUGAAGAUAUGCAGAAUCGAGCGUCGGAUGCGGAAAUGGAGUACGGAAUGAACAUAGUGCUGUCGGACACGAUUUCAUUGGAUCGUACCAUUAGGGAUACCCGACUGGAAGAAUGCAAACACUGGGAUUAUCCGCAUGAUCUACCCACUACCAGUGUGAUUAUAGUGUUCCACAACGAGGGAUUUUCGGUGCUGAUGAGAACGGUCCACUCGGUUUUGUAUCGUUCGCCCAAGCAUGUACUGCACGAGAUUAUCCUGGUUGAUGAUUACAGCGACAAGGAAGAUUUGAAGGAAAAACUGGAAACCUACAUCGAACGGUUCGACGGUAAGGUUCGACUGAUACGGAAUGUUGAACGAGAAGGUCUGAUUAGGACGAGAUCACGGGGAGCGAAAGAAGCUACCGGUGAGGUAAUCGUUUACCUGGAUGCCCACUGCGAGGUGAACACAAACUGGCUACCACCCUUGCUGGCUCCUAUCUACAGGGAUAGGACGGUCAUGACGGUCCCGGUGAUUGAUGGAAUUGAUCACAAAACUUUCGAGUAUCGGCCGGUUUAUGCCGAUGGACAUCACUAUCGAGGCAUCUUCGAGUGGGGCAUGUUGUACAAAGAGAACGAAGUUCCCCGUCGGGAGCAAAAGCGACGAAAGCAUGACAGCGAACCGUACAAGAGUCCGACACACGCCGGUGGUUUGUUUGCCAUCAACCGGAAGUUCUUCCUCGAAAUAGGAGCCUACGAUCCGGGGUUGCUGGUGUGGGGUGGUGAAAACUUUGAAUUGAGUUUCAAAAUCUGGCAGUGCGGAGGUAGCAUCGAGUGGGUGCCAUGUUCCCGGGUCGGCCACGUCUAUCGUGGCUUCAUGCCGUACAACUUUGGAAAGUUGGCCAACAAAAAGAAAGGUCCACUGAUCACAAUUAACUAUAAAAGGGUGAUCGAAACAUGGUUCGAUGAACAGUACAAGGAAUAUUUCUACACGAGGGAACCCUUGGCACGAUUUUUGGACAUGGGUGAUAUCAGCGAACAGCUGGCGCUUAAAGAGCGACUCCAGUGCAAGAGCUUCCAGUGGUACAUGGAUAACGUGGCGUACGAUGUCUUGGAUAAGUAUCCGGCUUUGCCAGCGAAUUUGUACUGGGGAGAACUGAAAAACUCCGGCACGGAGAAGUGCGUGGAUGCGUUGGGCCGUCAACCGCCAGCCAUCAUCGGACUGCAGCAUUGUCACGGCCAAGGCCACAACCAGUUGAUUCGGCUGAAUGCCGCUGGUCAAUUGGGAGUAGGUGAACGAUGUAUCGAGGCAGACAAACAAGGCAUUAAAAUAGCAUUCUGCCGAUUAGGAACAGUGGACGGGCCGUGGCAGUACGAUGAAACCACUUCGACCCUGCUUCACCGGACGUACAAAAUGUGCAUGGGCUAUCACCCACAAACGCGAGCACUCGCGCUGAUGCCUUGCGACGUUCACAAUGCCUACCAAUCCUGGAAGUUUCACAGCAUCACCCCGCGAUGGUAAGGUAGUUGAACGCUUGUAACUGUCACAUUCCCCUUACCCGAGCUGUGUGGUAGGAUCUGAUACAAGGUGAGAAUCGAACCUUUUCUCAAGCACCCAACUUUGGCGAGAGUUGCAUCAAUUAAGGGCAAGUGAAUGAAAAGCCUGUAUAUACCGACAAAAAGGCCCGUACGUAAUUAACUACUGUUCUCUCAUAUAAUGUGCAUCGUGUAUAUACUAUACAUGAAAGUGUUAAAUUUUUUUUUAGAAAAUACUUCUUGUUGACUGAUCUUUCCGUAGACGAUAGAAUUCGAAAUUGUAUAAAAACAACUUGCCAAAAUUACUUAAUCAAGCAAGAACAAGAUCGCAACUAAUGUGAACUGAAAGUAUUUGAACAAUGAUCAAACUGAAGGGCGAAGCAAACCUCCAAUUGUUUUCGAAUCAGCUUCGUUUUCUUUUAAACUUUUAUUUCGAUCAAA